AUGAACCCACUAUUGGAAUAUAAAAGAAUUAAAGAGGCGUUCUUUAUUAAGAAUCCCGUUAACUUUAAUAAGACCACUUUAAAAAAAGAAAAUUAUGAAUGUGAAAAAAGAAAGAAGAAGGAAAACACUUCCAUUCAUGCCAAUAGAAUUACACAGCAAAAAGACAACAAUCGGAAUUUUUCACUUCAUUCGAAUCAGAUAUUAAGACAUGAAUAUGAUCAUAAUGUUAAGAAAAUUAAUAAUCCGUCUGAUCUGAGAUAUAGAAAUAGCAAAAAUGAAAAAUGGAAAAAUCAUGUUGAAGCUGUUAAGAAAAAUGAAAAAAUAGUAGAGAAUGAGGAUUUGGAAUUAUCUCUUUUCUGUCCUGACGACACUGUGAGUGAAAUGUCCCAUUGGAAUGGAGGGAAAAUAAAGUCUAAUAUUCACUCAACUUUUAGAGAUAUAUCGAAUAUAAUGGAGACAAUUCAUUCAAGCAAGAAAAAGGAAGAAGAAAGCAAGAACAACGCUUUGCUGAAGGGAGAAAGAGAAAAGAUUAAAUCGAAGAAGGGCUCUACUGCUAAAAAAAAAAACCAUAAAAAUGAAUCAUCGAAAACUCUGAGUAGUUACGAAAGAUUUUACCUAGAACAAGUAAAAACAAUUAAAGAGAAAUUGAACUACUUAAGAGAUGGGAAAUGUGGGGAAAAGGGACAGAGAUCAAGGAGGGGCAGCACUAAUGGAAAAAAGGCUAGAAGCAUUAAAGGAAAUAGAAAACUUCUAGUGAACAUAUUCAAUGAGUAUAAAGAUUUGGAAGAGAGUAUGUUAUGA